UAUAUUAUGAUUCGUUAGUGUAACUUUGUGACCCCAGCGUGUUUCUGAAAGGUUGAGAUGUUUUCAACCAGAAGCUGGGAGCGGCCGCACAGAAGGAAAUCAGACGCUGGAACAAGACGCUGGAACAAGACGCUCUUUGGACACAGACCAUUACAGGACGCCCUCUCUAAAAUAUCUAUGGUGGCCUGCGUGGACACACUGGAGGGAGACAGUGAAGGACACAUCCGCUUCAAGACCCCCGAGGAAGCCCAGGCCGUCGUCAACGACCGCUCGGCCGCCGCCAAGGAACACGGCUGGAUGCUGGAUCUGCUCUCUGGUGAUCAUGAGCAAAGGUAUUGGCAGAAGAUUUUGGUGGACCGCCAAGUGAAGUUGAACCGUCCGAGGGAAAAGAAACGAGGGACAGAAAAGUUGGGAGAAAUACAAAUAUGAACUCCAUGUCUGGUUGGAAAUGCAUGCAGGUGAUAUCUCCUUUAACACUCUCUAUUGUCGUUAUGUGUGUGUGUGUUAUACGGUGGGCAAUGAGAUUGUACGGUGGGCAAAUGGGAUUCAACCAAUAUGGCGGCUUGGAAUGUGCGUUUUCUUAAAGGGGUGCAUCCAGCAAAAGUCUAGGUGGACACGCCCACUUGUGAUGUCACUUAGUGAUGGGUCGUUUGCGACCAAAUAAGUUAAAUGGAACGACUCUUUAACAAGAACGAACCGACUUGAUUCCACGUUUCAGUUCUCUCUCCUUCGUCUCUAUCGUUCGUUCUCCCAGACUCGACUCCAACUCGCUGACUCACUGUUCACUGUGAUAAGUUAGCAGAGUGGUGCAGAGGGACUGGCCUGGGCAACAACAUCCCGUUUCUGAACAUGAUGCGCUCCUCAGCUGAAGGGAACUUAAUUGUAACGUUUUGUGUUGAUUGAGGACCGUUUGCACGAUUGUUUGAGAACGAGGGAGAGGAGCUGAGUCUGAAUCAGCUGAGAACCGUGCAUUCCAUGGUUGACUGCUUCCGGAAAGGCGACUGAACCAACGAUUCUGAACGAUUCUUCUUGGCGAACUGACCGACGUGGACUGAAUCAAGGAAAAUAAUCACGAAAUCCAUCACUAAUGUCCCUAAGACACAGGCAACGGCCGGUCUUCAAACGGCUUGUCAUGGCUAAUCACACUCACACCUGGUGGCACAAUACCACCCCUUUACCUGUUGACGGCAUCUUAAUAUUAAUACCUGUGCUUUAAAUACUUGACAUGUUGGCCAUGUUCUUGUAGCAUCGUUUCAUAUUUCAACACAAAUGUUAGACUUUUCUCCACACUAACAUACAUAACUUCUAAC